AUGUCAACCCCGUUAUCACCAUCACCAUCACCGGCGUCACUCACUGCCGCAUCGCCACCACAACUAUCUUCCCCCACAGCGCCUCAUAAUUCAACUUCACUCUCACCAUUGCCAUCUCAAUCCUUACCUCCGGCUACUGCACCACCACCUUUAGUGUCAUCACCACCAUCACUGCCUCCACAAUCGAUAAGUUCGCCAUCGGCAUCAAUUUCUUCUCCACCGCCUCCUCAGAGUUAUUCUCCUUCUCCGGCAGCAUCUACUACACCUGUAAGUAGUAGUGCACCUCCUCCUCCUACUAGGGCAAGUCCUUUAGAUUCUCAUUCUAGUCCAUCACACACUUUUGCAUUGGCUCCACCACCUCCAUCAGCUAAAAAUUCUGGCCCCCGAAGCAGUGGUGGCACCAGUGCAGUGGCUUUUGUUGGUGUAGUGACAGCAAUUGUAUUGUUUGGCUUCAUUGGCAUUGCUAUCUGGUGUCUGAGGAGGCAAAAGAAAAGGAUUUCCAAGAGUGGUGGUUAUGACUUCCCAUCCCCACUUGGCUCAACAUCUGAGUCAGAUUUGUCCUUUAUUAAGAUCCGUUCUUCAGCUCAUCGCAUGCAAAGAGCUUCUGGCGGUAAUACACCAUCAGGACUAGGCAACUCAAGGCCAUUCUUGUCAUAUGAAGAACUAAUGAAGGCCACAAACAAUUUUUCAACUAAAAAUCUUUUGGGUGAGGGAGGAUUUGGUUGUGUGUAUAAAGGAUCACUUCCAGAUGGGAGAGAGGUAGCAGUUAAGCAACUGCAAAUUGCAGGAAGUCAGGGAGAAAGAGAAUUCAAAGCUGAAGUGGAAAUUAUUAGCCGCAUCCAUCAUCGUCAUUUGGUUUCCUUAGUGGGAUACUGCAUUUCAGAGAGCAAAAGACUACUUGUCUAUGACUAUGUCCCCAACAGUACCCUUUAUUUUCAUCUUCAUGGUAAAGCUAUCAGAGCGCUCAAUGGCUGUUUUUCAUGA